AUGCCUUCUCACGAUGUCCUUGUCACCGGCUCUUCAGGCCACCUCGGUACAGCCCUGAUGCUCACCCUCCCAUCCCUAGGCUUCAACCCGGUAGGCAUUGACAUCCUCGCAUCUGCAACAACUCAACACGUGGGCGCAGUCAGCGACCGUGCCUUUGUCUCCAACAUCCUCCAAUCCAACCCCAUCAAGCACGUUCUUCACACAGCAACCCUCCACAAGCCACAUGUGGGGAGUCACACCAAGGAACAAUUUGUCGAGGCCAACAUCAAUGGAACGCUGGUACUUCUCGAGGAAGCUGCAAAGCUGGGCGACCAAAUCGAAAGCUUCAUCUUUUUCAGCACAACCAGCACCUUUGGGCUUGCGCUGAGUCCCAAGCCCGGCUCACCAGCAGCAUGGAUCGACGAGACUGUUGUUCCCGUACCAAAGAACAUCUAUGGCGUGACGAAAGUUGCCGCUGAGGAUAUGUGCGCUCUUGUGCAGCGACAGACCAAGAUGCCGGUUCUGGUGCUACGGACUAGUCGCUUCUUUCCGGAGGAGGAUGACGAGGACGAUAGACGGAAUGCAAUGGCAGAUGAUAACCUAAAAGUGUUGGAGCUGGCGUAUAGACGGUGUGAUAUCGAGGAUAUUGUAUCUGCGACGAUAUGUGGCAUGAAGAAGGCACGGGAUAUCAAGUGGGCGAAGUAUAUCAUCAGCGCACCGCCGCCUUUCUCCAAUGAUGCUGAGACGCUGGCAGCGUUGGAUCGCAAUCCCGCGGAGGUGUUCGGCCGAGUUGCGCCGGGCGUUGAUGAGGUAUUUGCGAAAAAGAGCUGGAAACACCUCGCGAGAGUUGAUAGAGUGUAUGACUCGAGCAAAGCUGUGCGCGAAUUGGGGUGGCAGCCGAAAUAUACGUUUGGCAAAACGAUUGAGAUGGUGGCUAAUGGGCAGGAUUGGAGGAGCGAGUUGACUCACAAGGUUGGCAAGAAGGGAUAUCAUGCUGUGAGCACGGGAGUUUAUACAUCACGCUGA